UACACUUCUAGUCGAUCUUGCACAUUGGUCUUUCACUUAUUCGUUGUGCUUUCAUCAUUUUCUCUUAUUUAUGUUAUUUUUAGAAGUUCAUUGCGUAUUGUUAUCAUUUUGUCUAUUAUGAUACACAAUGAUAAAAAUGAUAAAAUUUCAGUCAUUAAAAUAUAUCAGUCUCAUAAGUAUUAUGGAUUUCUUUUGCGAUUAUUAUGUAUGAACAAUGUGGUACUUGUACUAAUAUUCUCAAUAGAAGGAAUUUUGUGUCCAGAUCAUGAGAAAAGUUGUCCUGAAACUGCAACAUGUUGCUUGCUUGAAAAAGGAAUUUAUGGAUGUUGUCCAAUGAAAAAUGCCGUAUGUUGUGAAGAUCAUAAACAUUGCUGCCCAGAAAAUUCUAAAUGUGAUGUGGAACAUGGACGUUGCAUAAACUCUGAUGGUUCAUAUGAAGAGAUGAAAAAACAACGAUGGAGAGACUUGAAUAACAUAGUAUGUCCAGACAAAACAUCAGUUUGUCCGGAUUAUGCUACUUGUUGCGAAUUAUCAGGCGGCGAAUAUGGCUGCUGUCCAGCUCAACAUGCCGUCUGUUGCAGUGAUAAACUCCAUUGUUGCCCGGAGGGUAUGGUUUGCGCCUCUGGCGGAAGAGAAUGUGUUCAUCAAGAAGUUAAAUCGACUUGUUGCCCAUUCAGAGAUGGAAUUUGCUGCUUAGGAGGUGUAAAUUGUUGUCCAGCAGGCUCUCUGUGA